AUGACGAGCUUGAGGGCAAUGAACAUCAACGAUCUCUUCAGCGUCGCCAACGUGAACCUUGAUCACCUCACAGAGACUUACAACCUUCCUUUCUACAUGCAGUACCUCGUCAAGUGGCCUGAGUACUUCCAGGUUGCCGAGAAUCCUUCGGGCCGGUUUAUGGGAUACAUCAUGGGAAAGGCGGAGGGCCUCGGCGAGAACUGGCACGGACACGUUACAGCCCUCACAGUAGCUCCUGAGUUCCGAAGAAUCGGAUUAGCCCAUCACCUCAUGAAUGAGUUGGAGGAAAUCUCCGAGAAGAAGCACGAUGGAUACUUUGUGGACUUGUUCGUUCGCGUCAGCAACACCCUGGCCAUCAACAUGUACCAGAAGUUUGGAUACUCGAUAUAUCGGACUGUCAUCGGAUACUACUCGGGAGAAGAGGAUGCGUAUGAUAUGAGAAAGGCAUUACCGCGAGACGUCGACAAGAAAUCUAUCAUACCUCUGAAAGAUCCUGUUUACCCGGAAGACCUAGAAAGCCCAUGA